GAGGCCAUCAUGAAGACCGCUUGUUUCACAGUGCCAGUUUUAAUCCUGUUGAUUGGUGUCCUUGACUUUUCCAAGGCACAGCAGGGUAGUAUCCAUGGCAUUCCUGAGAGGUUCUUGUUUAAGUGCGAAGGUCGAGAGGAUGGGAUAUACGCAGAUAUCGCAAGGAAUUGUCAGGUGUACCGUAUUUGUAUUGGCGGCGAACUUCUGACUUCUGAAGCAGGUUUCGACAUGUUUCCUUGUCCACAGGGAACGCUGUUCGACCAAAACACUUUGACCUGUCAGCACGCAGCUAAUGUGAUAUGUCCACAGGAGUAAUGGGCGGAGUCUCUCGAAAUGGUUUUCAAAUCUUAUAGAUGAAAAUAUAGGAGAUGUGUAAUAAUAAUAAUAAU